UCGAAGUGUCAAAAUGCCUCAGAAGAAGAACAAGGUCAAAGAAAGGUUAUUCUGUUUCAGCAUUUCAUCAACGUAAGGCAAAAACACUCAUUCAAAAUGGUUCGCAAAUUCUGUGUCGGUGGCAACUGGAAGAUGAACGGCAACAAGGCUGAAAUUGCCGAAAUUGUCAAAACUCUGGUUGCCGGUCCUCUUGACCCCAACACCGAAGUUGUCAUCGGCUGUCCAGCCGUAUACAUCUCCUAUGUGCGUGGCCUUGUCCCCGCCACUAUCGGAGUUGCUGGCCAAAACUCAUACAAAGUUGCCAAGGGUGCAUUUACUGGCGAAUUGGCCCCAGCCAUGUUGAAGGAUGUUGGCGCUGAUUGGGUCAUUUUGGGCCAUUCAGAGCGUCGUCAAAUCUUUGGCGAAACUGACGAUCUCAUUGGAGAGAAGGUCGCUCAUGCUCUUGCCGAGGGUUUGAAAGUUAUUGCUUGCAUUGGUGAAACCUUGCAGGAACGUGAAUCUGGCAAGACCGAAGAAGUUGUCUUCCGGCAAAUGAGCGUACUUAGCAAGUACGUCAAAGACUGGACAAAUGUUGUUGUUGCCUAUGAGCCAGUGUGGGCUAUUGGCACUGGCAAGACUGCUACCCCAGAACAGGCUCAAGCUGUUCAUUCUGUCCUCCGCAAAUGGUUGGUUGACAAUGUUUCCCAAGCUGUCUCUGAUUCACUCCGUAUUCAAUAUGGAGGUUCAGUGACUGCUGCCAAUGCUAAGGAACUUGCCUCCCAAAAAGAUAUCGAUGGUUUCUUGGUUGGAGGUGCUUCUCUUAAACCUGAAUUCGUUCAAAUUGUGAACGCUAGGCAAUAAGUUCAUUAUUUUGCCGCCAUCAGCAAAAUCAUCAUUUGGAAUCAGGAAUUUCAGCUUAUAUUUAUCAUCUAUUUUAGAGUAGCGAAAGUAAAUUUUAGAUUUCUAUAAGAAAAAAAAAAAAAGAAAAAAGUUGAGAAGCAACAAAAUUUUGUAUAAA